AUGUUGUUUAUCAUUAAAGCAUAUGGGCCCAUUUUUCGAGCUCGAACAGGGUACGUGAAUUCUCAAAGACGCCACUGUUGCGAAGAAAUCAAGUCUCAACAAGAAGAGCACAAAGAAUACGAGGUGGUGGUGAGGGAUGACGAGGUUGGUGGUAAUAGCACGAGCAUUGAAGAGAAUAUGGAGUCACGCCUUCUCAACAUUCCGUUUGAUGUUUUGAAGACGAUUAUGGAGUUUUGUGUCGGCGUAGAAUACCUAAACUUUCAUGCUACGUGCAAGCAGUGUCACUUAGCAGCACCUAUGAUCCGAUGGAGUAAGGGAGGGAGAUUGCAGAACUAUUCAUUAGCUUCACCAUGGCUGAUGAUGUUGGACAAAGAACGAGGCGUUAUCUCUUUUACCGAUCCGAUGUUUGGUGACACGUACUUUAUAAAGACACCUCAUGAAUUCAUUGGUAAUGUGGAGAUACAUUGUUCCAUGUAUGGUUGGCUGCUGAUACGUAAACAAGACGAACCCCUGAUGUUUUAUAACCCCUUUACACGUGAUAUGCGUGAGCUUCCACUAGUGCCUUAUUUAGACAGCUUUUGUUUCUCGGCACCGCCUACUUCCCCUGAUUGUAUGGUUGUUGGAUUUACAACACGUCUCGAACGGCAUGUUUACAUCCACUUUGUAGCUCGAGAACCAUCUUGGCGUAGAUUCAGUCUAAACUUUUACGAUGAUGCCUCAUGGCGUAGAUUCAAUCUAAACUUUUACGAUGAUGCCUUACACUGGUUUCAUUUUGCAACACAAUAUGAGCGAAAUCUUUAUGCUUUGUAUUACAACGGAGGAGUUGGUUUCAUAGAUACAGAAAACCGAGAUUACACUUGGCAAGAAGGCCCAAUAAGCAGUUGCAGAUCUACCAAACAAAAUUUCCUAAUGAGAUGUGAUCAACGCCUUUUACUAGUAGUUGCGAGCGAGUUUGGAGAGUCUGUUGAGGUGUUCACGCUGAAUGAUUCAAAGGAAUGGGAGAAAAUAGAGAGUUUAGGAAGGCACGCGAUUUAUAUUACUGGUAAGGCAUGCCUUUGCAUUGAAGCCAAAACGCCAGAAAUGGCUAACAAGAUUUACUUUCCGCGCUUGCAUUCUGAAAACAGGAAGAUAGUGUUCUAUUCUCUCGAAACAAGAAGGUAUCACACAUCCAACGUCGAAGAAAGUUUUGGGGAUUUCAUGGGAACAGAACAUCAUCUUGACCCACAUGUGUGGAUUGAACCAAGUUGGUCGUAGGUAGCUUCGUUAUUAUGUUUUUGGUACGUGUCACAUAUCUUUUUAAUUAUUAAUUAAUUAAUUAAUAGACUUGUAAGGUUGAAUUUGCA